AUCUUCAAUAAAAUCUGUACAAUAAGUCUAUAAAUUGGAUCUUCUCUGAGAGGCUUGGAAACCAGUAUGAUGAACUUUGCCAUCAGCAGAGCGGCAGCAAGAAACUACUACCCUUAUCAGACUCUGCUGGCGCCCCCCACGGCCGGUCGGAGACCCGGCGGAGCAGUCAAGUUGAGGCGGUUGACUGUGGUGUCUAGCAGCUGCAAGACGGAGGACACAUCCGGAGGCAACGACAUGGACAAGGUCGAUGACCAGGCGCCGAAAGUGAAGGAUAAGGAUGCUAUGGAACACUCAUUUGGAGAGGGAUACGCGACGAGGAGCGACGAGGAAGGGUUCGGGGGGAUCUACGGAGGGAACCAGCCAGGUGAGAUAAAGCAUGCUAACGAGAUCCACGAGGAUCACCCCCUUUAUGACAGGACGCAGGGGAGCGAAGUCAAGGAGAAGGAGAAGGCACGCCACCAGACUGGAGCCUAGUCGUAAGCGACUCUUAGUCGCAUCUGCCUCUCCGAUAUGUCACCCGGCUUGCGGGUUCGAGCUUGGGAUGCGGUGGAUAGUGCAGUACCAAGUGCAGCCGUUUUCCUAAGUAGUUUACUGUUCUAGUGAGGUUCUACAAUGAGGUGACGAGUCGUGCACAGUAACUCACUUUUGAUUUGUCCUAUUUGGUUGGGCAACACAAACUUAAUGGAGUGUUAAAAUAUAGCAUGUAUGAAGAUUUCCCUCCCUUCCAAUUGCAUCUUUCCUUCAAUAGUAGUCCUGAGAUUGAUUGUCGUCGGCCUAUAUUUGAAGGUCAAAAGCUGUACCAUUCGUCACUGCGGUGGGUGCCAAUGUACCGGCAAUAUGAGCGCCGGGUACCGGAAAUACAAGUGCUGAUGCCCCGGCAAUACUGUAAUAAAAUGUUAUGCUUGUGUCAUAAUUUAAGAACGGUUUCGAUUA